AUGCUGAGGUCAAUGAAUGUAGAAGUAUAUUCACGUUGUCUUGAAACGUUUCAAGUUAUAGAGACCAUCGGUCGUCGACCUGGUAUACCAACUAGGUCUUAUGGAGUUGAUCUCCAAAACAAACGAUGCGACUACAGGAGGUUCCAAACACUUCAUUAUUCAUGUGCGCAUGUUGUGGCAGCGUGUACUAAAGUCUCGCUCAAUGUUGAACAAUUUAUAGAUGAUGUGUACACACCCGAGUGCACAUUUGGUAUCUGGGAGAAGGAGUUCCCCGUCCUGCCUGACCUGUCUACGUGGGAGGUGCCUUCGACGACUUUCGAGCUUGUCCCAGACAAAGGGUUGCGUAGGAAUCUGAAAGGUCGUCCGCAGUCAUCUAGAAUCCGUAAUGAAAUGGACAUUUGA